AUGAACACCCUCUCGGUCGCGUCACUCAGUAUUCCGGAAUGUAGACCGGCAGAGAAUGAGGACGACAUCGACCGUAAGUCCUUUGAGACAUGGAAGGAACUACUGGAAGCGUCCAUGGAUCUGAUUGGAGUAACCGACGAAUGCACUAAAAUGAACGUAUUGAAGGUGAAGGCCGGCCCCAAGUUGCUGGAGGUUUUGGACGGAACCCCUCCACAAGCCGUGCCCGAUGUAUCGAUCGCUCCUUACUCGAAUGCGAUGAGGCGAUUGAAGGAUUUUUUCGGAUCCCGCGAAUACAAUCUCAUGCAACGUCAAAAACUGAGGGCAAUGGCUCAGAUCCCGGGUGAGCCCGAUACGAAAUACGUCAAACGAGUGAUUGCUGCAGCAAAAUUGUGUGACUUUGACGACGACAAGCUAAUGGAAAGCGCGGCCGAAGUUAUACAAUUGCAUGCCUUAAACAUUAAGGUGCGUGAAGCUGGCCGGAAGAUACUGCGAAAAGGAGGAUCCUUGUCAGAGCUCAUCGAUAAAGUUCACGGGUAUGAGCUGGACAAGAAAAACGAGGAAAUUUUCGCGAAAACGCAUCCGCCCGCUGCGGAAGCGAUGGUAGCAGCCGUUGCACAUGGACAACCAGGAACAAGCUAUCAACGUGCGAACUAUCACGGUGGAUCGUUCAGAGGAUUCCGAGGAAGGACCAACAGUAACCCCGGGCGAGGAGGAAACUGGCAAAACUUCCGAGGUGGCAGCAAUGUCCGUCGCCAGAACGAAACACGAUCUGCUGGUGAACGAGGCACUGGCGGUGCACCGUGUUGGCGAUGCACAAGCCGUUUUCAUUCCCCGAACAACUGCCAUGCUAUCCCGAAAGUUUGCCGCAAUUGUCAGGUUGUAGGCCACAUCGAACGGGCCUGUGGCACGAUGCCAACGCCGACCGUACCCAAGCGCCGAAUCAGUGACGAAGGAGACAACGCAACCAAGCCGAAGAAGAUUGCCGUCGUAUCAAAAGAAGAAAGCGAGUCCGAGGAAGCAAACACCGUAAGUGAUUUCUCAACCUAA